AUGCGUCUCUUCAGUGCGCUCAAUGCUGGUUUGCUGAUUGCUCAUGCUUCGGCCUCUAAUUCCCACCAAGGCCAUCAUUCCCAUCAUGCCCACCAACUCGCUCCUCGGGCUGCGUGUUCUGGUAACACGGCCACCACUCGCUCAGAAUGGUGUGACUAUUCGAUAGAUACAGAUUACUCUCAAGAGGUUCCUGACACCGGAGUCACCCGUGAAUACUGGCUCGAGUUGACCGAUGUAACUGUUGCGCCUGAUGGUGUUUCUCGGUCAGCAAUGGCUGUCAAUGGAACUAUUCCUGGUCCAACUCUAUUUGCUGACUGGGGCGACACGGUUAUUGUUCACGUAACUAAUAACCUUAAAACUUCCCUUAAUGGAACUAGUAUCCAUUGGCAUGGUAUCCGACAAAACUACACAAACGACCAGGAUGGAGUUGUCUCCAUUACGCAGUGCCCAACUGCUGUAGGAAGCUCUGAAACCUAUACAUGGCGGGCGACUCAGUACGGAAGCACUUGGUAUCACUCGCAUUUUGCACUUCAGGCGUGGCAAGGUAUCCUUGGUGGCAUCAUCAUUAAUGGACCAGCGACCGCAGACUAUGAUGAGGAUCUAGGAAUGCUGUUUCUUAACGACUGGGACCACCAGACGGUAGACGAGCUCUACCUCUCUGCUCAGUCUAGCGGCCCACCCACUCUUGAUAACGGUCUAAUUAAUGGAACAAACACUUAUAACGAUGGCGGCUUUCGUUAUAACGUAUCCUUUACUAAAGACACAUCCUAUAGGAUACGCCUAGUUAAUGGUGCUGUUGACACUCACUUUAAGUUUAUGAUUGACAAUCACACCAUGACCGUCAUUGCGGCUGACUUAGUACCUAUUGAGCCAUACACCGCGACAGUCUUAGACAUUGGUAUGGGUCAACGUUACGAUAUUAUUGUUACCGCCGAUCAAGCAUCCAUCGCUGAUAACUUCUGGAUACGUGCUAUUCCUCAGUCUGCCUGCUCUGACAAUGACAACGCAGAUGACAUUCGUGGAAUUGUUUACUAUGGUUCUACGCUCUCUACCCCGACCACAUCAGCCUAUGACUACACUGAUGGCUGUGCCGAUGAAACCGAUAACCUUGUUCCUUACAUCUCUAAGACAGUCUCUGAUUCAAACAGCGUAUCUUCUGAAGAUGCCACUGUUGGAUUUAACACGGACGGUCUCUUCCGCUGGUAUCUUAAUAGCACCACUAUGGUCGUGGACUGGGAAGACCCUACGCUGAUGAAAAUUCUCAAUAACGAGACAUCAUUUGAGACUUCCAACGCUGUUAUUGAGCUACCCAAUGCUGAUGAAUGGGUGUAUAUCGCUAUUCAGACUACGCUAUCUGUUCCACAUCCUAUCCACCUCCACGGACACGAUUUCUUCGUCCUCGCACAGGGAACUGGCACAUAUUCGUCUUCUGUGUCACUGACACUGGACAAUCCUCCAAGGAGAGACACUGCUAUGCUGCCUGCCUCUGGAUACCUUGUCAUCGCAUUUGAGACUGAUAAUCCUGGUGCAUGGCUGAUGCAUUGCCAUAUUGGCUGGCAUACGUCAGAGGGAUUCGCUUUGCAGUUUGUGGAGCGAUACAGCGAGAUUGCUGCUUUGACUGACUCGGAUCGACUGGAUACUGGGUGCACUGCUUGGUCCACCUUCCAGGAGAGUGAGGAUAUUGAGCAAGAUGACUCUGGUGUGUAA